CUUGAGAAGCCAUCGACUGUGCCGUGGGAGGUGCACAAAUUCGGCGGUGCCUCGCUCGCCACCGCCGAGCUCUACAAGCAGUGCGCCGACCUCCUCGUCGCCGAGAGUCGCCGCCCCCUCGCCGACGGCGCCGCCUCUGCCGCGCCGACGAUGGCCAUCGUCUCGGCGCGCGGCGGGGUGACGGACAAGCUGAUCGCGGUGGUGGAGACGUCCAAGAGCGACCUUCCCAAGGCGGUCCAGCUCCUCGAGGCCGUCGCCGCCGAGCAGGUCGCCGUUGCGCGCGAGAUCUCGUCGCCCGAUGCGGCGGCCGCUGUCGAGCGGGCGAUCAACGCGGACGUGCGGUCGAUAUCGGCGACGCUGCAGGCGUUCGCGAUGCUGAAGAGCGUGCCGACGCAGGCGCUCGAGGUCGUCUCCGGCUACGGCGAGGUCUGGUCUGCUCUCACCAUGGAGGCCUACCUCUCUUCCGAGGGGCACGCCUCGACCUGGCUGGACGCACGCGACGUGCUCGUCGUGCAGACCACCGGCGAGGCCGGCCUCGGCGACAAGGGCUCUACUAACACGAUGGGCACUGACCCUCUCUGGGAGCCAUCAGAGGCAAAGCUUGCCAGCUGGUGGGCGGCCGACGCGCGCACACAGCUCAGGGAGCUAGACCUGGCUGCCGCCGCGCCAGUGGUCAUUGUGACGGGCUUCGUCGCCGCCACGGCCGACGGCGUGCCCACCACACUCAAGCGGUCUGGUUCCGACUACUCGGCCACAAUCUUCGCGAAGCUGAUGAGCGCGUCGCGGAUCACGAUGUGGAAGAACGUCGACGGCGUGUACACGGCGGACCCGCGCCGCGUGCCCGAGGCCUUCCCGAUCGACUCGCUCAAGUAUGACGAGGCGAUCGAGCUCGCCUACUUCGGGGCGCAGGUGCUGCACCCGUCCGCCAUGACGCCCUGCAUCGAGGCCGACAUCCCCAUCUACGUGCGCAACAUCUUCAACCCGGCCCACCCUGGCACCGUCAUCACCGGCCGCGCCUGCUCGCUCGAGACCUCGUCGCUGGGCUGGGCGGGCGAGGUGAAGACCGCGCGGAAGCAGCUGCGCAAGGCCGCGUGCCCCGUCCCGCUCGGCGACAACUCCGCGCCGAUCAAGGGAGUCACCUCCGUCGACUCGGUCGCCAUCCUCAACGUGCAGGGCACCGGCCUGAUGCCGUCGGUCGAGAUGUCGUCGCGCCUCUUCUCCGUGCUGCACCGCGAGCGUGUGGCCGUGCUGAUGAUCUCGCAGGCCUCCGCCGACUCCUCCAUCUGCCUCGGCAUCCAGGAGUCCGACGCCGACCGCGCGCUCGAGGCGGUGCGCGCAGAGUUCUUCCGCGAGCUCGACGCGACGGAAAACAUCAAGAUCUCGGGCAUCUCGAUCGAAGAGGACAAGUCGAUCGUGGCCGUCAUCGGCGAGGGGAUGGCCUUCCGGGCACUUAAUCAACUGUUCACUAACUGCGAGGGGAUGGCCUUCCGGCCGGGCACCGGCGCAACCUUCACAAAGGCGAUGGCCACGGCGGGCGUCAACAUCCGCGCCAUCGCGCAGGGCUCGUCGGAGCGGCAAAUCUCGCUGAUGGUGGAGCGGGAGGAGUGCACCAAGGCGUUGCGCGCCGCGCACGCCGCGCUCGCCCUCUCGGACACACAGGCGGGCAAGAGACGCCGUUCACACCCUCCCCAGCGGUGGCAGCACGCCGCCCUCAUGAUCUGCUGCUGCGAGGCCAUCGGGAAUAGCUCCAGCCGCCUUGAGGCGGGCGAGUCGAUGGCGGGCGAGCUGCUCAAGCUCCUCGCAGGGACGGGCAGGCUCGCGCUCGCGUACCGCGGCUCCUCCCCGUCCGCACUCACCGGCGCCACCGCGCAGCUGCCGACCUCGCUCGACGGGCUGGCGAUCGACCUCAAGGUGACGGCGCUGGCGAGCGCCUCCGCCUCCGUCCUCUCCAACGACGGCAUCGACGUCGCGAGCCCAAACCUGUGGGCGACGGCGUCGAGCUCCGUCGGCGAGACGCUCGAGGGAGUCACCUUCGCGGGCUGCGGCUACGCGGAGGAGGGCGAGGACUGCCUCGAGAUGCUGACGACGCACUUGCUCGAGGACUUCAACGGCAACCGCAUCGUCAUCGACGCGACCGAGGACGCGCGCGUCGCGGAGCACUACCCGCGCUGGCUCACCCUCGGCGCCCACAAUGGCGCCCACAUUGUCUCCUCAAACAAGCUGGCGACGGGAGGCCCGCUCGCAACCUACCGCGCCGCAAAGAACGCGCGCUCCGACGCAAACACGCAGUGGCUGUACGAGUGCUCCGGGCCCGGCUCCGGCCUGCCGGUCAUCUCGACGCUGCAAGACAUGCAGCAGACGGGCGACCGGAUCCGGCGCGUCGAGGGCGUCUUUUCGGGCACAGUCAACUACGUCCUCGAGUCGGUCCGCGGCGGCGCGCCCUUCUCCGAGGCUGUGGCGGCGGCGGUGGCGGCCGGGUACGCGGAGCCCGACCCGCGGGACGACCUCUCGUGCCUCGACACGCAGCGCAAGAUGCUCACUCUCUGCCGCGAGAUCGGAGGCAUGCCCGACCUCGAGCCGGAGGACCUCCUCGUCGAGUCGCUGCUGCCCGCCGCUCUGUCGGGGUGGGAGCCAGACCUCGCCUCCGGGAAGAGCGUCGGCGUCACAGCGAGCAGCUCGCAGAGCAGCU